CGGAUCACAUAGUAUUAAAGUGUUCUAAGUACAACGUUACGAGAGCUCAAUAUAGCUUCAACUGUAAAUACAGAAAUAUCACUGAACUACUCAAAACCAAAAAUGUAGACACCUUAAAAGAAGUAGUUGACUUCUUGAAAAAAGUAGACAAAAGGAUCUAACUGUAAAACCUUUGAGAACCAUGCCAAAACAAUUAUAAGUACUCAAAAGUAAUGAACCGACCAAAAUUUGAUGGACAUAUGGUCUUUGCAACCGGUCCAAAGAGUUUCUCCCUCCUCGAGAAACUCGAUGUGCGGAUUUAACCACACAGAGAAGAAGAAGAAGAAGAAGAAGGUGGAAUUUUUCUCCAAAAAGUUUUUUAUUUAUACAUAGUUUAGUGAUUAAUCUACUGGACCAACAAUGGUGGACGUGAAAAAAUUUAGUGACACCGACCUGUACGGGAUGCUGGGCGUUGAAAUCGGCGCCAGCGAACAGGAAAUCCGGAAGGGUUACCGCAAGAAGGCGCUUCAAUGCCAUCCGGAUAAGAAUCCCGAUAAUCCCCGGGCAGCCGAACUCUUCCAGGAACUGUCCAAGGCUUUGGAGAUUCUGAUCGAUGUUUCGGCCCGAGCUGCCUAUGAUAAACUAUUGAACGCCAAGAAGGCUGCCCAGCUGAGGAACCAGCAGUUGGACAGCAAACGGCAGAAGCUAAAGAAUGAUCUGGAGGAAAGGGAACGACGGGCCCGGGAGGAACUUAAGCAUGGAUACAAAGUAAACAAAACGCCGGAAGAAAUAUUCCAGGAAGAAUUCGAACGACUUCGCAAAGAAGGCUCAAAACUUGUGGCUGAGGAACAGGAAUUGAUGAGGCAACAACUUCGCCAAGAACUAAACCAGCAACAGAAACAGCAAUCGAGCUACGAUCCCUCAAAACAUCGGAUCAAGAUCAAGUGGAAGGCAGAAAAAUCUGACCCCGAAAACGGUGGCUAUUCGGAAGCCGUCCUGCAAAAAUUUCUCUCCAAGUACGGUGACAUCAAUGUGCUGGUGAUGAGUCCCAAAAAAACGGGUAGCGCCCUGGUCGAGUUCAAAACACAAGAAGCAGCCGAGAUGGCAGUGAGCUAUGAACAGGGUCGGCUGGACAAUCCCUGCUCGCUCGAGUGGAUCGGAGACGCCCCAAAGAAUAAACACUCACGGACAGGAGGUUCCGCUACAAUUACCGAGAAAGAUUACGAGAGCUUAGUGCUGCGACAGCUCCGACAAGCCGAAGAACGAAAACGUCUGAUCGAACAGAUGAUGCGGGAAGACGCCGAAGAAGAAGCGGGGAAGUCGUAGUUUGUAAUUUUAGGUAUAUUGACUUUUUUUUAACUGUUAGUUUAUUUUUGAUCGUAAGAUUCCUAAUUUUACUCGUAGUUUCCUAUCGUUAGAUACAGAUGUGUACAGGAAAUAAUUACUUCGUAAAUUGCAA